CCACCCGGCAGCGUGCACGGCUGCUGCGGCGAGCCAGUGCUGCGAUGGCUCGCCGCCGGUGCAGAGGUCGGAGCUGGCUGCGCCGCGCGUCUUUCUGGUUGCUGGUGUUCUGGCUUUCUGCAAGUGCUACAAUCUUCUGGAAGACCUACUCACAAUAUAAAAACAAACCACAACAUAUAUAUCUUCGGAGCAUUUUAGGGCGAGGACUCUGCCUAUCUCGUGCAACUGCAGCUGUCCUGAAUCUUGCAUGCUGUCUUGUACUGAUCCCUAUGUGCCGCAGCCUCAGCUCAGCACUCCACUCUACAUUUGGCCAUGCUGCACUUUCCUUCUGGUUGCAGAAAGGAAAGUUCAUCCAUAUAACUUGUGCCAUUACAAUUCUACUUGCUGCAGCUAUACAUACAGCUGCUCAUGUUGCAAAUGCAGUGAAUUUCUCCAGAUAUUAUUCUCAUGAUUUUCCCGAAAUCAACUGGGCCAGUUAUGAAGGACAGGCCCCUUUGGCAAUGAUACUCACAUCAGUGGCAGGAAUAACUGGAGUGGCUAUGGUUGUGCUGCUUUGCAUCCUUGCAGUGAUGUCAGUGGGAUAUGUUCGCAAGAGACACUACAAUGCCUUCUGGUUCACACAUCAUCUUUUCCUGCCUUUUUUGCUCCUGCUGUUGUGUCACCCUCUCAGUGGUGUACUGAAGGAAUUAAAAAAUCCAGAGGAACAUAUUCCUGGUUGCCUCAUAAAUGUCACUGGCAACAUCACAGAAGUGCAAAGUUCAAAACAUAUCAUAUGCAAAAGUGAAGCAAUUUUUGUUCCAAUGGAGUCUCAGGGUUGGCUAUGGAUUGUACUACCACUGAGUAUAUACAGCGUAGAUGCCACGUACAGAGUAAUGCGACGAAAUGUUAGGUCUGUAACUGUAUUACAAGUUACAAGACUACCAGGUGCAGCCAUCAGACUUCAGCUGCAAUGUUCCUUCACAUGCCAGCCUGGUCAGUAUAUCCUGCUUCAGUGUCCUGUGAUAUCUUCAUUUGAGUGGCAUCCAUUCUCCAUCACAUCUGUAAGUAAUUUACAUGGCUGUUCCAGCUUCAGUAUUCUCAUACAGGCUAAAGGAGAUUGGACAGGUGAACUCUGUGGCCGUGUUUUGGUGCCUUUCUCGCACUGCCAGCAAACAACUGAGCUCUGCAGAUGGCCAUCUCCAGAACCAGUGAGGUUUCUGGUAGAUGGACCAUUUAGCAGUUCAUUGCAAAGCAUUCUUCACACACCAGUUGCCAUCUGUAUUGCAGGAGGUUCUGGAGUGACACCAUUUGCAAGCGUUUUUCAACAUCUAUUGGAUUGCACAGCACUUCCUCACUUACCAGAACGGUUACAUUUUGUCUGGUUACUGAAAAAUGUGGAACAGCUACUGUGGUUUGCAAGCUUACUGUGUUCAUUGCAUGACAGAUUCUGGAUGAACAACCAACCUGACCGUUUGAACAUAAUACUACAUGUCACAAAGAACUACAGCUCAGCAUGUAACACAGUUGAAAUUAGCCAGGAAUACAAGGUUUUGUUACACCGACUUCAGAAUGGUCGUCCAAAGUGGGGUAGCCUUUUUAAACAAUGGAAAAAUAUGUACAGAAUGCCAAAUGUUGCAGUAUUUGCCAGUGGUCCAACAUCAUUAACAAAAGAAAUUAAAAAACAUUGUUAUAAAUGUUCAAAAAAUGGCACAUCAUUCAGGUUCAUGCGUGAAUCAUUUUGAGAGUGCAGUUGAAACUGCCAAAAAUACCAAAGAUAGUGUUUUAUAGUUCAAGAAUAUUUUUGGAAUAUUGUAUUAUAUUAUUUUGUAUUGUCAUUUUGUUAAAUAUAUUUGAUUUUGUUAUAGUUUGUUUCUUUAUUCAGACAUACCCUAAUAACCUCAAACUGUUGGAAACACUAAUAAUCAUGAAGUCAGCAGAAAAAAUAUUCACUGUACAAAAUAGUUAGCUUAGUCACUAAAAUACUGAAGCAAGGCUGAAUCAUGUUUCAGAUGUAUGAGAUUUCUUAUUGUGAUAAUUAUUUUAAACUGGGAGCUAUAACAAAAUCACAGGGUGAUUUAGUCAGACAAACCUUCAGUUGUCUGUUUAAGCAAUUAAAUCCUCUUGGUAGUUUGUUGAGAAAAUACAAAAAUACUACAUACUGUGUUCAUAAAUUCAUGUAUGUCAAAUUUCAGCAAAGCUACAAUUCUUGAUUUUUAAAUGCUUUGUUUUACAUUUUGCUUCAGUGAAUCAGGGUUCAACUGGCAAUUAUGAGUCUACUAAAGUUCAGAACAUCAAUCACUCAGUCAUAAUAUGCAAACAAAUUUUUAAUCAUUUCCAAACUUAAUAUUUCAUUUUCAUUAGAGCUUAAAUUCAUAAGUCUCUGUCAGUCUGUGACAGUUCAUCUUCUUUAUUUCUUUGUUUGUUGUCCUCAGUGUCAAAGUACUGCAUUGUGAUACUUGCUGAAAAAUGGGGUGUGGAAGUACAACACUAACUAGUUUAAAUAAUGUAGCCGACAUGAGCACAGUUGCAUUUCACAGAAGUUUACUUUCA